AGAGAUGAUCCAUAACACCUGGAUUCGUUAAUUUAAAGAAUGCUCAAGGUUGCGUAUCUGCUGUCAUGCUUGACAGUUGUCAAUGCAGGUUCUCACUCACUGAUGGCUUUGGCAACAUAUAUAGUUGGACAGACACCAUUUCCUGAGUUCAGUGUUGUGCUGAUGUUGGAUGAUCUGCAAAUAUUAUAUUAUGACUCAACCACAUAUAAACCUGUCUAUCGCACUAAAAGUGAUUCAAAGUACUAUGAUGAGGAGCAAAGUGAUGUUGGUGUUGUAUUUCAAGACAUGUAUUAUUCCAUUAAAAAUCGGGAUUUUUAUGCUAAUGAACACCUCAAUCACACAGAUGGUGUACAUGUGUAUCAGAGACUUGCUGGAUGUGAACUGUUGAAUAAUGAUAAACCAGGUCCAAUUCAUUCCUGGGAUGCUUUUGAUGGACAAUGUAUGGAGGAGUUCACCUAUGACCUGGAAAAAAACGAUAUCCGUAUGAAAAAGCCAUGGAUAAUAUCAUGGGACCAAGUAAAAAAGCUUCAUAUACAGUUUAUAUAUGAAAAUGUUUAUCAUCCUAUUUGCAUUAAAACUUUGAAGAGGUACCUGCAUUUGGAAAAGAAUAAUGUGAUGAGAAAAGUGAAACCCAGAGUGAGACUCAUGAGGAAGAAACUCCCAGACUCUCAAGGGCUUCAGAUCAGCUGUCUGGCCACUGGUUUUUACCCCCGUCACAUUAACCUGACCCUGUUCAGAGAUGGUCAUCCUGUGGAUGAUGAUCAGAUCACAGGAGGAGAGAUUCUGCCCAAUGGAGACAGGACUUACCAGAUGAGGAAGAGUUUAGUGAUCAGCGAUGAAGAACUACGUGAAGGACAUAAUUACAACUGUACAAUGAAGCACCUCAAUCUGGACAACAAACUGGACAUUAUAUUUGAUACAGAUAAAUAUGACCCAGGAGGAUCCUUCCGUCUGUCUGUAGUUAUGAGUGUGUUGGUAUUAAUGUGUGUGGCUGUUAUCAUCACUGCACUCAUCAAAUGGAGGAAGAAGACACGUGCUGGACCCGAACCGUGGGGCAAAGAUGACUGUCCCUCUUCCCUCAAGAAGAGAGACAGAAACGCCCACAGUUUGCGCACUCCACCUCCUCAGGGACCGAGCGCGUGUGCUCUUCACUCAGACAAAGCACACAAAGGUUGUGAGUGUCCCAAGUGUGGUCCCGAAAAAUCUUCGUUUGAAGGGCUAUCUGGCCCUUCCCCUUACCCCUACCCCUCCAACCAAAAGAGAAUUGAGACAGCCCUACCCCUUCACAUGCACGCGCAAAACAGAGGGGAAGGGCGUGAGGAUUCCCCUGUGCUGUUCACCAGCAAAGAUCAGUGUCCCUCUUCCGGUGCAAGUGGCUUGGUCUCAUUUGGAGGGUCCGAGGAAGAUGACAGCAAUGAUCCUAUGUCCCUGGCUGCUUCAGAUAUAGAGAAGUGGUCGAAAACCCCACUAAGGAUUGUGAUGCUGUCUGCAGGCCUGCGGAGGAACUUUCUUGUCUGGCCAGCCUCUUCUGAGACGGGUGUUGAUGAGAACCUGGAUUUUCUUCAUGGUAGUGGUGGUGGUUCUCCAGGUCUCAGCUCCAUACAGCAAGACAGGGUUUACAAUGAUGUUGAAGACCCUGGUCUUGGUGUUGAUGCUGAUCUCAGAGGAUCGCCAGACGUUCUUCAGUUGGAGGAAAGCUGA